AGAUUAAUUUUCACUUUAUAAACUGGAAAUAUCAAAACCCUUCCCAUUGAGUGAGAGAUACUGAGAAGGAGAGUGAGAUGGAUGAAGAUGGCAUUCAAUUGGCCAUGGCUCGAGCUUCGGAACUCAGGACCAAGAUCACCAAAUGCAUCCACAAUGCAUCGGCUCAGCAGACGGUGAACAAGCUACAGCAAGGUGCAGAGAAAGAGAAUGGAUACAGUGAUGGGAUUCGCUCCAAGGGAGCUGAAGCAAACGGCGUCAGCGAAGAAGAAGAUGAUGAAGAAGGAGUCGAUAGCCUUUUGAACAUACGCGACGCUCUUGCAUCUCUAGAAGGCCAGCUCGCUUCGUUGCAGGAACUUCAGCAGCAACAAUGGUACGAGAAAGAAUCAGCUCUGUCGGAAAUCGAACUCAGCCGCAAGAAGCUGCUUAAGAAACUAAAGGAGUACAGAGGCAAAGAUUUUCAAGUUAUAUAUGAGGCGACAUGUUUUGCCAGUGAAACGGUUGAAGUUAGCAACGAUCUCCUUCUUCCUCCAUAUCCCAGCAGGCCACCACAGUCAUCCUCCUUAUCGGAAUCUCACUUUCCAGCCCAACGGAAGUUUGGUCAAAAUGGAAUCAUCUUAUCUACAGCUCCAUCAGAGGAGAAGAUUCCUUCAGAUUGUGAAGCUAAGAAAUCAUUCCAAGGGUUUAGAUUCUUCAUCAAUGCAACGGCUAAAACAAUGCUUAUGAUUGUUGGUUUAGUUUCUGUCCUGCAAUUAACUGGAUUUGAACCGAGGCUGAGGAGGAGGGAUGCAGAAUUCAAUCUAUUCAGGAUCUUUCAAAAUGAAGAAAGUGGAGGGGAGAGAAAGACUGUGGGUGAAUGUCCUCCGGGGAAGGUAUUGUUAGUGGAAAAUGGUGAAAUGCGUUGUAUUGUGAAAGAGAGAGUUGAAGUUCCGUUUGAAGCGGUUGCUGUCGCUAAACCUGAUGUAAGCUUCGGAUGUGGAUAAACAGCUUUGGUGUUCUAUUUCUUCCUGGAGAACUUUAGCAGUGUAUUUCUCUAGCAUGUGUCAGUCAGUUCAGUUCAUCGAUCUGGUACCUGCAUUGCAUAUAUAUUUUUGUUCAAAAUUCCCCAAAUAAAACAAUGUGCCCAUUUGGAAUUUUUGUUGUUGUUGUGAAAUAUUGGAUGAGAUUCAUGUAAACUAGUGUGAUUAGUAUUGAAAAUGCUAGAAUUCUCUUGCUACUUUAUUCAUAGAAAA